CACCUUCCCGGCCGCCGUCGUGUCUCCGGCGCUUUCCUUGACCCGCUAGUUUCUCUGACUUUCCUUCCCACUCCUGCGCAGCUCCUGGUUUUCUUCUCCCACCCUUACCCACGCCUGUCUUCUGGUCAACAUGUCGGAGUACAACGCGGUGCCGCCACCCGGACCCGGAGCCCCUCUCGGCGGGCAGGCAGCUCUCGGUAAUGGAGCGGGAGGCAUCAAGAAAGAUGCGUUCGCGGACGCGGUGCAGCGGGCCCGGCAGAUUGCAGCUAAGAUCGGAGGUGACGCUGGACCACCCAUGAACAACAACACUGCAGCAGAUAGCUUUCCAUUCACUGCACAGAAACGACAGCUAGAGGAUGCAGAUGAACCCGAAAGCAAGAAGCUGGCUGCACAGAGUGACUUGGAUUCAGCCAAUGCAUUGUCCAUUGGUGCCCAGCUAGCUGCUCUUGCACAACAAAGACCCACCUCCAACACAGAGGAAUACAGUGUACCAGACAGCAUGGUGGGACUCAUUAUUGGCCGUGGAGGUGAACAGAUCAAUAAGAUUCAACAGGAGUCAGGCUGCAAGGUUCAGAUAGCUCCAGACAGCGGAGGGCUUCCAAACAGGAGCGUGUCUCUCACAGGUUCCCAAGACUCCAUAGAGAAUGCCAAAAGGCUGUUGGAUGAGAUAGUGUCACGAGGGAGGGGCACACCCCCUUCUUCCUAUCACGAGUCCACCAACGGGCAGAACGGCACGGUGCAUGAGAUGAUGAUACCAGCUGGCAAGGCUGGGCUAGUCAUUGGAAAGGGUGGAGAGACCAUCAAACAGCUUCAGGAACGUGCAGGUGUGAAGAUGAUCCUGAUCCAGGACGCCUCUCAGGGACCCAAUGUCGACAAGCCCCUGCGCAUUAUAGGCGAUCCCUACAAAGUCCAGCAAGCCCAGGAGAUGGUACAGGAGAUUCUGAGGGAGAGAGACCACGGUGGCUUCAGUGAAAGAAAUGACUUCGGUUCCCGAAUGGGGGGAGGCAUGGAUAUCCCCGUACAGAGACACUCAGUCGGUGUGGUCAUCGGGCGAAACGGAGAGAUGAUCAAGAAAAUCCAGAACGAUGCUGGAGUUAGGAUACAGUUCAAACAAGAUGACGGGACUGGUCCAGAUAAGAUCGCCCACAUCAGUGGUCCUCCUGAACGCUGCGAGCACGCUGCCCAGAUCAUCAAUGACCUGCUGCAGAGCAUCAGGGUCAGGGAGGAAGGACAGGGGGGUCCCCCAGGUCCUCCAGGCAUGCCUGCAGGCAACAGGGGCCGAGGUGGGGGACAAGGCAGCUGGGGGCCCCCUGGAGGGGAAAUGACUUUCUCUAUUCCUGCCCACAAGUGCGGACUUGUGAUUGGCCGGGGAGGGGAGAACGUCAAGUCCAUUAACCAGCAGACAGGGGCCUUUGUGGAAAUCUCUCGACAGCCACCUCCCAACGGAGACCCCAACUUCAAGCUGUUUAUCAUUCGGGGCUCACCGCAACAGAUCGACCACGCCAAGCAGCUCAUUGAGGAGAAGAUUGAGGGUCCUCUGUGUCCUGUGGGCCCGGGGCCAGGUGGACCAGGUCCUGCUGGUCCAAUGGGUCCCUACAACCCCAACCCAUACAACCCCGGACCGCCUGGGGCACCUGGACCACCACACGGUGGUCCUCCAGGUCCUCACCAGUACACCCCUCAGGGCUGGAGCAACACCUACCAGCAGUGGCAACCCCAGGCACCCCACGACCCCAGCAAGGCAGCAGCCAAUGAUCCCAACGCAGCCUGGGCCGCCUACUAUGCUCAGUACUACCAGCAGCCGUCGGGGGCUGUGCCAGCCCAGUACCCUGCUAACCCACCUGGAGGUGCCCAAGUGUCAGGGGACCAGACUCAGCCCGCACAGACGCCGGGGGGCCAGCCGGACUACACCAAGGCCUGGGAGGAGUACUACAAGAAGAUGGCCCAGGUAGGUGGCUCUGUCCCCGGGACAGCACCUGCAGCCCCAGGAGCAGCCGGGGGCACAUCAUCAACAACAGGGGGUCAGCCGGACUACAGUGCAGCCUGGGCGGAGUACUACAGACAGCAGGCUGCAUACUAUGGACAGACAGGACAGGCUCCUGGCCAGCCAGCCACUCCCCAGCAGGGACAGACGCAGUGAGAGUUCAUGGCAGAAGGUCUCAGGAGAGAAUCCAGGAUGAAGAAGGUGACCCUGAACUUCAGGCCAGGAUUUAGUCUGAUUUUUUUUUUUCUUCUUCUUCUUUUUAAUUUCCUGUGAGGUGAAUGAAAGCUGUCCUCACCACCACAUGGAUACUUUUUAAUAAAAAUGUGAACUGAACAAACGUUCUAGUGCUUUGCUGCUGAGGGGAGGGAGAAGACUGAUUAUCCCGCCAUGACAGGUAAACGGCUUCUCGAUGCCUCUACAUAACAUUUAUAUACGCCAUUAUAAACAUGGAAGCCUUGAAACGCUUACUGAAUUGUGGAGGAGUUGCCAAUAAAUCUAUCUCAUCUUCCUUUUAUUAACUCCCUCAGACUUCUAAAUCCCAUUUUUGAAGCUCCUCAUACCCCUGUGUUAUAUUUACUGAACUGCGCAUAGCUAUUAGGACUAUAAUCAUGUUGUGUAUGUGGUACAGGUAAUAAUAAUACAUCAGAGGAAUCCUUUUUGAAGCUCA